AUGGUUUCCAGCCCCUUGGCGGCGUCCCGGCCGCCUGAACGUCGGCCUUUCGCUCAUGUUGAAUCCUUCCAAUCUACGCUAUCCUCGAGAGCAGAUGGCUGGACUGCAAGAGAUGAGGUUGUCCGGAGGUUCUCGGAUUCGGCGCCAAAGCCGGACAAGGAAGAAACAGACAAGCAUAUUCAGUGCGCGAGCCACAUCGUAGCCCAUGCGUGGACGUAUCUAAGUACAACUCGUAGGCAUGCCGUCGAUGCCUACCACGAUGCCAUUUUGCAACUAAAGCAGGUACUCAAGACCGAUGAUCUCGACAAUAUCCUCUCGCCUUCCUCGACAGUCACAGAGCUGCACAAGGUGGCCAUCGGCAUCCAAAGAGCACAGACAAAUGUGCUCGAGCAACGCCAAAUCGCGAGAUUCGUCGACACGCUGAGCCACUACUCGGGAGUCUUUGACGUUCUCUCACAAUGUGCUUUCGGAUAUAUGACGCUGAUCUGGGGCAGCCUGAAAUUUGUUCUUGUCAUGGCAAAGAGCCACUACGACACCUUGUUUAGAUUCACGGACGUCAUGAGCCAGAUCGGCAUAAACUUGCCCCGGGUCGAGUUAUACAGACAGAUAUUCCCCACGACGCGAAUACUACAGUUCGUAUCACAGCUCUAUGCGGCAAUUCUCGAGUUCUUGCAGGAGUUUAUCAUCUACCUCAAGCAAAAGAACUACCGGAAGUUCUUCGGAAACUUCACCAGGCCCUUUGACUUACAGUUCGGCCGCCUCGUGGCGCGGAUCCAGUCCCUCGAACAGACCAUCGAUAAAGACGCAUACGCCAGCGCUAUCCUGUUACAAGUCACCCAGAGCCAGAGCAUGGCAAGACACCGGGUCGACCUGUCCAUACGGCGCACUCACAAUGAGGGCUGCCUGUCCGAUGUCCCCGACAUCGCGGUGUCGCCCUACCUCCUCGACAUGAAGAGGGCCCUCUUCCACGGCUUCGAGAUUGAGGCAUCCUACCACGAAGAGCUCGCCGCCACGUUUAAGAUAACAUCCUCGGCGGCUUGGGCACGCUGGCUGUCCAUCGAGCAGCAGUACGUCCCGAGCAAGUUCUCGCACAAGACGAAUAUAGUACAGGCCGAGUGCGACGCCCCGGACGCCGCAACGUGCUUGCAGUGGGUCACGCAGGUGCGCAACGAGUCCCCCAACGUCGUGUCCGUAUUCCUGCUUUGGGCCCGGGGCAUGACGGCGCAAAGCGCCGUCGCGUCCAUCGUCUUCCAAAUGGUCCAGCAGCGGCCAGCGGUCCUGCAGAGGGCCGGGCUGGGCCUGAGGUCCUUCUCCGCGGCCAACGCAUCGCUUCCUAAGCUGUGGGAUCUGUUCCUCACUCUCGUGCAGCACCUGGGGGGGCUGAUGGUGUAUAUUUCCAUCGGUUCGGUCGGGCAGGAGGAGUAUGGGAUAGUGGCCUGGUUUGUGGACUUGUGCCAGAAAUGGACGGGCCCGCCAUUGAAUGUGGUGAUCAUCCACCCGUUUGAUGAGAACUUCGUCCAUGUCGAAGGCUGCGUAGAUAUUGACGACAAGUAUGACGUCCAUCCUUCCCUCACCACCAGCGACGCCCUCUACCACGUGGUUCUCCUGGAGUUGGAGGUCCAGGAAGCUCUGAGCGAGACCGUGCAGUUGGUUCUGUGGGAGGCUCUCUGGAGAGAGGUUCGCUAUGCGGUGAUCGGCAUCACCAUCACCCAGACAGUAGAAGAGAUCACCAGGUGCGCGAGGGAGCUGGCCGAGGAGCGGGGGUGCGAGGAGGAUGUGUUGAGCCUGUGGGUGUCGACGGUUACGAAAUGGACCAAGGACAACAGGGCAUUCCACAUCAUGAGAGAGCAGAUCCAGCGGCACCUGAAUGUCGUGGACAUUCAUCUCCCGCAUCCCGUGAGGACGAGAUUGGAGAGGAUGGUCAGCUCUGCUGUCGGCUCGCGGCUCAGUGCGAGGGAGAGGAAGCGCCUGAAAAAGGAGCUGCGGGAGGGCGACCCGAAGCCGCUGGAUGAUGAAGAGAGGAAUUCCAUAUGGGGAAGGAGCCAGGAUGCUAUCAAGCCCGCCACGAUGGACACAUAUAAUGCCUCUAUCAGCGUUUUAAUGCGGGGAGUACUUGACGCGUACCUGGAUGAUCCUCCAGAGCGGGAGAGUGACGCCAGGCGAUGUGUGAAAGAGUUGAUGAGAGGCGUGUUUGGCUGGAAUAAGACGUGGAGGACCGGAUUCUUGGACGAGCAGGGCCCGAUCCUCGAGGGCAUGGUCGCAGCAAUAGAUAUGGGAUUUGGCGAUGUCCUUGAUGCGAUUAUAUCCGAGGUUGGGAUUUAG